AACAAAGCGCCGUUUCUUGAUGGGAGCAACCCAGAUCCUUGUAUGAUACAACGUCAUCCCUCUUAUCAUGAUUCGGGGGCUUGAUAGCGUCAUGAGCUUUCAAAGUCUUAUAUAUAUACCUUCGUUUGUCGCUGUCAACUUCUGGUUUUCACUAUCAAUCAAACAAUUCAAAUCACUACAACUUCUUCAUAAACCAACUCAUUCUCCUCAUUUUAUACCCAUCUUCCAUCAAUACAUCUUUCUAUCUAUCCAUCAUGUCGAACAUCAUCCAUAAGGUCAAGGACGCUCUCACCGACCACGGUGACAAGCAUCACGACUCUACCAAGUCCUCCAACCAUGGCCCUCAUGACAGCAACAUUGCCAACACCGCCGACCCUCGCAUCGACAGUGACCGUAGCAACUUGAACACUCACAGCACCGCUACCACUGGCCACUCCUCCACUCAGCCUCUGGCUACCGGCGCUGGCGCCAACACCUACGAAUCUGCUCGCUCUUCCAACCACGGUCCCCAUGACAGCAAUGUGGCCAACAAGGUCGACCCUCGUGUCGAUAGUGACCGCGAUAGCCGUGCUGCUUAUGGCACCACCUCUACCGGCCUCGGCUCUCACAGCACUUCCACCGGUGUCGGCUCUACUGGCCUAGCCUCCCACAACACUUCUACCGGAGUUGGUUCCGGCCUCGCUACUGGCACCGGUGCUAACACCUAUGAGUCUACUCGCUCUUCUAACCAUGGCCCUCAUGGCAGCAACAUUGCCAAUGCCGCCGACCCUCGCGUCGACAGUGACCGUAGCAACUUGGGCACCCACGGCUCCCACCACCAGUCUACCGGCCACUCUACCGGCCUAGGUGUUGGUGCUGGUGCUGCUGCCGGCGCUGCUGCAGGUGCUUACGGCCACCACGAGUCCAACCGCUCCUCCAACCACGGUCCCCACGACAGCAACAUUGCCAACAAGGUCGAUCCCCGUGUGGACAGUGACCGUGAUAACAGUGCUGCUUAUGGCACCACCUCUUCUGGCUUAAGCUCUCACAACACUUCCACUGGUAUUGGCUCUACCGGCCUCGGCUCUCACUCCACUUCUACUGGCCUUGCUACCGGUACUGGCGCAACUGGCACCACCGGCCUGACCGGCCACCACGGCACCAUCGGAGAUCACUCUCAGCAUACCACCCACUCGACCGCCACCGGUCCUGCCAGCUCGACCGCCGGCCCCCACGAGAACAACCUCGCCAACAAGGCCGACCCCCGCGUGGACAGCGACCUCAGCAAGGAGCACAGCGGCCGCUUUGACAAGGAUGUGCACAAGGGCAGCAUUGGCGGUGCCGGUGUGAUCCCCAUCUCUGGCAAUGCCGGUCCUACCUCUACCAAGACUUUCGAGGAGGCUCAGCACACUGGCGCUGCCGGUGCGGGUAGCAGCUACAACACUUCUGGCAGUGGCCUUGAGCAUAAGAAGACUGCUGGUCCUCACAAGAGUGAUUUGGCUAACAAGCUUGAUCCUCGUGUGGACUCGGACCUUGACGGAUCCAAGACUGUUGGUGGAUCCCAGCGCAUUUAAAUUGUAACUUUAUGAUCAUGUUAUCUCCUAGUUAUGUGUAAUGAGUCAUGGAAACAUACGUUCUAAUGAACAAUUGAAUUGAUUGAAAUGUUGAUAAUACUUCUGAAUAUUAACUUGCUUAACUACAUCGUGCACUCGAG